UUGUCGUUCUGUUCUAAUCAAAUGAUUAAGAUAUGAUCAAGAAGCAACAAAAACCCAUACAUGUACAAGUUAAGAAGUACUUAAAGUAGAAUCUAUUUACGUACAUUAAUAAUGGCCGCUAUUUUGGAUUGUUAACUAUGCUAUUGUUUUAUCUAGAACAGUUGGUUGGUUGGUUAUAUGUUGUUUAACGUCCCGCUUCAGAAAAUAUUACUCAUAGAGACGUAAAUAAAACAAUGCAUGUAUUUUAAACAAACUUAGAUUGUGGCGUUCGCAAACCGAUGUUUCGCGACAAUAGACUUCAAAGCUAUCCAUACAGACAAAAUAUCGUCAAUGAUGAUCAGUUGUGAACAUAUUGAUAUUACAUCUGGAAGAAUGAAGUCGGUGGUGAUAAUCUUUGUCUUGAUUGUUAACAUGGUGUUGUAUGUUCAAGGACGAAGUUGCAACAUAUCAAAACCAACUAUUCGGUACGUAACUUCUUGUCCAAAGGAUGAGCUUUCGUGGAAAGAAGCAGCAAAACGAAAGAAUUGUAAUACUUUAGCGAACGUUGCCGUUAACAUGGGAUGUGUUAAAAACUCAUCAGAUUUCGUGUAUCACUGUGUCAUCAAUCACUGGCUGAAUGCAACACUGGAAGUUUGUGCAGCAACGCGUUACAUUCAAGCUUAUUGUGUUGAUUAUAACACUGUCUCGGAAAGAAUUACGGAAAAUUACGACGCAAGUUGUGCUUCGUUUACACCACCGUGUCCAUCUCGAUAUAUAUCAACAGAUGCCUACAAAUAUCAGGGAUGCUAUAAUAUUGCUACACGUACAACUGUUCUGGACACCACAAAGAGUGACAUUCCUUUCAGCAUUACUCAAAUUACACCAACGACGGAGGACGACUCGCUCCCUAUACAAAGCGUGAUUCCCAUUGUGGUUUUGAUAAUUUUUGCUGUAGUUUUCUGUGCCACAACCCUGCUGCUCGUGCGCUGGAUAAAAAGAUUACACCAACAGAAGGAUAGUUCAAAAGAAAGAUCACAAACACAAAGUGAGCUGGAUAUAGAAAUGCAAAAUUUGAUUGGGGAUGACGCAGAUCCAACUCAUUCAGAUUAUCCAGACAAAAGCAAAGAGGGCUACAAAGAAAGGCCCCAGCAUAAUGGAAUUGAAAUAUUGGAGUUGAGAGAUGAUGAAAGACUGAAAGAAAUCAAAGGUCAAGCAGAACGACAUAUUAAAAGUCAUCAAGAAUUUGACCACUUUUAUUUUGAAACAUCAAUUUAUAAAAAGAUACAAAACUGCUUCAGAGAUCAUGGGGUUGUGAUAAUAGAAGGACAAACUGGUUGUGGCAAAACAGCGGCGGCCACGCAUUUAUUAUUAAACUGCGAUGACUCGAAGGAGACAGUUAUUCUUAUGGCAACACAAUACAGCGAUUUAUAUCAACACAGUGGCGACAAUGACUCUCGAGUCAUUUAUCUGGUAGACGACAUGGAUAUUGACACGUCUGAUACACAGAAUUGGCUAGCGGCUUUCGAGAUGCUACAUAAGAAAAUCAAUGAUUCAGAAACAAUACAUCACUUCAAAAGGAAACAUCACAAAAUUCGCUUGGUUGUCACAACAUUUCAUGUUCCAUCAAAAUUUCUCGGCAAUCCCUUAUUUUCAGAAGAAGUUGUAAUUAAUGUUCCGGAAUUAAGUAAGAGGGAAAAAAUUAAGAUUUUACAAAAACAGAUGAAAUAUGCGGAAAAAUGUCUGGAGGUCAAAUCUGAGGAUCUCGAUAAAGAUUUCCAAGAAGAAAUUGAUAAAGCAAGAACUUCUAUCGGAUUCCCACUUGCUGCUCAAUUGUACGCAAGAGAAGAAAAAUACCGUAAAAGCGGGAUAAACUUUUUCAAAAAUCCGAAAAUACUAUUUCAAAAAUCAUUGAAAGACUUUAUUGACAACGAUAAAACUAACAACUUACUUGCGGCACUCAUUAUUGUGUAUCUUCGCGAGCUUUAUGAAGGAGAAGAUAUACCAGGUGAUAUUGCAAGUGCGAAGCUGCGUGAACCAAAUACAUGUGAAAAUGCCAUUAAUCCACAGGUCGUUAAAACAUUAGAUUUGAGGUUUAAUGAUUUGUCUGAUUCUGCAAAGAAACUGCAAGGAAUUUUCUUCCUGAAGACUGAGGAAGACACCUUUAGGUUUUGUCACAAUCUUGUUCGUGAUUCUGUAGGUGCAUUUCUGUUUGAGAAGUAUUUCGAAACUGUUGUUGUGCAUUUUCCAGUAUCUGCAAUUGCAUACGAAACACACGAAUUUUCAGAUUUUAGUGACAAGGAAUUCACUUCUAUCGCCGCGAGAUUUAUCCUUGAAAUGAAGAAAGAAAAUAUGGAAGAGUUGUGUAAAUGUUCGGUUCUAAAAAACGUCAACUUUCUGAAUAUCAUGGGUUCAAAAUUAGAGGAAAACAAAAGUACAUUGAAAGAAAUAUUGAACACGUUUGAUAAAAAGUACCAUCAUUUACCGCUGACGUAUUGGUGUGGCCGAUUUGGAUUGUUGAAAUUUUCAGAAAUGUUAAAAACGUUCGUAGACGAACUCAUCCCGGGUCGGCGAUUUAUACAUCGUUACUUUGUUCUGCUUGGUGAAUUUUCCACUACAACACCUAAAGAUCUUGACAAUAAAUUACAGCAUAUUCAAAAUUCGUCAGAAAUAAGGAAAGUAUUAUUUUCGGAUCGGCCAAGUUGCAUUCAUGAAAUUAUUUCAUCCAACAUGCAAGAUGAGGAUGUGAAAGCAAUCCUUGAAGAUCUUGUAAAAGACGGAAGGUCAGUGGAUGUUUAUGACAAAAAUGAAAAAACUCCUUUGAUGAUCGCAGUGCUUUGCGAUAAAAAGAGAAAAUCAACUAUAGAUUUAUUAUUGGAACACUCAGAUUUAACAAAGGUGGACAAAAAUAACUAUUCUCUGUUUCAUCAUUGUGUAGCAGCCGAAAAAGAUGACAUGAGUUGUUCACAAAUUCUUAUGAACCUUUUGAAAGCUCUCGGGAAAAUGCAAAACGAUUCGAAGGAGAAGGAUGUCUUGCGUAUUAAAAGUUAUUCUGGACUGACGGUACUUCACAGAGCUGCAAUAGUAACAAAAUACAGUAGGAUACAAUGUAUGCAGAUCCUGCUUGGUUUUGAUGAAGAUCUUUGCAAAGAAGAAAGAACUGAUGAUGAAGCUGGUAAAUCACCAAUAUACAAUUUGAUGAAAUACUUGAGAGGAAAUGACGUUUUGGUAGAACUUGAACGUUUAUUACGAGUUUGCAUGUUACAACUGUAUGGCUGUUCACCAUAUCAUAAGAAGAAAGAUGACAAAAGUGCUUGGGAAAAAAUGACAGAGGACAAAUCCAGUAGUCAUAAAAAAUUAAUCCAGAUAGUAAGAGCAAAUCCGGAUCAAGAAGAAAUGAUUGAAAUCAUUGAAUCUGUGUUGGACGAUGUACCAGAGAAUGUUGAAAGAUGCGAUAUCAAAUUUUAUUCAUUGCUGGAACCACCAGAAAAAAUGUCUUCAAGUUUGUCGAUGCUUUACAAAAAAGCAACCCAGUGUUUAGGAAAUAAAAAAAUUAGUUAAAAUUGAAGCACUUUGAAAUGGGAGGUUAUGAAUACAUGCACAUACAUGUGUAUAAUUUUGCAGUGAGAAAAUUAACUGGUUUCCGUCUUCAGCUAGAACAAAAAAUUUCAACAAUUUCCAAUUUUUACAUAUGACUGAUAUUUUCACAAAGAUUGAAAUUCCGAGGAAUUUUUAUGCGGUGUUGAAAUGCUUUGUUAGAGCUUGAGACAUUAAAAGUAUUAUGUUCUUUAGCAUUCAUUACGUCUUUGCAUGUAUAUAAUUAAUGUUUUAAUUGUGUUUAGAUAAAUUAGUUACAUGUAUCAUAACAAAUGUUUAAUAUUAUCCAAGGAGCAAAAUAAACCUUUUCAUGUUAUUCAUCGUUAAUAAAACAUUUGUU